AUGGACAGCCCCCUUCCACAAGUUACGCUUAACCUUUCCACCCGGAAGAUUGAUUCCAACAGUCUGCAACUUCCGGAGGACAUCGCACUCGCCGAUCCACUUUUCACGGAACCCGGUAGCGUGGAUGUGAUUAUCGGGGCAGGAUUGUUUUUCGAUCUGCUCCUCAAGGAGAAAUUCAAGCUCGGAGAGGAUGGACCAGUCGUACAAAACACGAACCUUGGUUGGAUUGUCUGCGGAAACCUUCCUGUCGAGACAGACGUUGCCAAUCUGUGCACCGAAAGGCUGGAUGAUCUACUCACACGAUUCUGGGAGCUGGAGUCGUGCAAAACGGACAGUGUGCUGUCAUUGGAAAAAUACGCCUGCGAGAAGCUCUCCGACCGUACAACGGUGCGGGAUGGAAGUGGGCGGUUCAUUGUAACACUUCCCAAGAAGGACUGCUUGAUUCGUCAAUUUGGGGAUUCGAAAUCCACGGCGAUGCGACGUUUCUUGUCGCUGGAACGCCGGCUAGACCAGAAUCCACAACUCAAGCAAAUGUACAGCGAGUUCAUUCACGAAUACCUUCGCAUGGGCCACAUGGAGAAGGUUGUAGUGGAGGAAGAAGAUGCUGCGCUGCCACAGUACUUCAUUCCGCAUCACUGCGUCUGGUGUUUGAUGCAUCGUGUGCUACGUCGACCGGAGUCUCCCUCAAUAAUGCGUUGA